CUCCAGGCUUUACACUCUGUAACAUCGCUACGGAAUAGAUACAAUGAAGGCGAUCCUUCUAGCACUCGUGUGUUUAGGUGUGACAGCCGCGAAACCGACCGGUGAUGAAGAUGUCGUUGGUUCAGUCAUCGGUGUGGUGAAGAAUUGUGCCGAAGAAGAUGUUUCUUUGUGCCUCAAGGAACGAGCACUCAAAUACGCCGAGAAUUUGGCAGCGGCUAGAGAAGUAAGCAUCACUGAUGGGAUCAGCCUAAUUGGAACUGGAUCUUCAAGGUCGGCGCGGUCAUUUGAACCCUUAUCCGAGGAACCAAGGGCCAGAGAGAAUCAAGUAGAGGGCAGACUUAUAGACACCGCCCUUGACUUUUUCGAAAACCAUGUCAUACAAUUGAGAGUACCGAAGGGAGCGGUCGAAGACGUGAAGAGGUCACUUGAGGAAGGCCGUGGUAAGAAGAAGAAGUUGAAACAGCUCCUUCCCAUCUUUGCCCUUCUGCAGUUAAAAAUCCAAUCUCUUAUCCCACUCUUCCUCGGCAUCAUCGCCUUUGCGGCAGUCAAGGGGUUAAUGCUGGCUAAAGCAGCGUUACUUGCAUCCGCUCUUCUGUUACUUAAGAAACUGUUGUCUAAGAACGAACAUCACGAGAGCUACGAAGUGGUUGCCCAUCCCCAUCAUGAUGAACACUUCAGUCAUGGCAGCGGUCAUGGCGGUUGGGGAAGGUCGUCUCAAGAUGCACAGAAUCUAGCCUACAGUGCUUACUCCAACUAAACCUAAGACAUUCCAAAUUAUUAGGUACUAAGUCUAACGGACCUCAAACGUUGAGAAUUAAUUUAUUGUUAUUUA